UUGGAAAGUAAAGAUGUUAAAAACUUUUUAUAUUGUAUAGUAGGUCUUAAAGUAAUAUUUAUUAUGGUAUCGUAUCCAUCAAUUAAUUUAGUCGAUUUAACUAUUGACGAGGUUGCAUUAGAAGGUUUGGAUGGUAUUACUCUACAAGCACUAUGGUUACGUUUAGCACAGCGUCUUCAGAAUCCUUUACCAUUUCCAAAACCAUUAGUGGUUCAGAUAUGGUCGAUAUGUAUACAAGUCAGGGAAUUUGGAUUUUAUGAAUUAGAAACAGCAAGGGAACCACUUCUAAUUUAUGAUCGUUAUGAAUUUGUAGAUCCUGAUUUAGGCAUUAUAUUAGAACCGGAUGAUGUACCACCAGACAUUUAUCCACAUUGCCCUAUAAAUAAUGUUUCUAAAGACAUUAAAGGAUCAUGUUCAACUUACUGCACACGUAAAGAAAUAACAGAAAAUGUAAGAACUCUUACUUUAGAUGAAGUUACAGAAAAGUAUGGAGAUAAAUUAGUAAUUGUUGCAUCACAGUCUGCAAGAAAUCAUGCAUUAAUGGGAAAUGAAGUAUCUCCAACAGUUCACUUAAAUGUAAUACAAUAUUGUUUCCUUGAAAGAGUAGGUAGAUCACGGUAUCAUGGCGAGGUUACACAAGGAACACUUAGCCUUAACGCACUGAAAGAAGAUCCUAAGAGUCUGUUUUAUCAUCGAAAAUUAUUGCUACGUCAUAAAUUAAUAACAAAACAGAUACAUCAUCAAAAGAGUGGUGGUCAUAGUUGCAAUGGAAGUCUUUUACAUCUUCCAAGAUUUUUUGUUGAAAGAAAGCCAAAAGCAAUUUUCUUAGCUGAAGAAGUUAUUAAAAUUCUUCAAACAAAACCUAAUUGUGUUGCAGAAUAUGAUGAAAUAAAACGCAAGCUAAGAAUUGAAAAUCCAAUAAAGAAAUUAUUUAAAACUACAUUCUUUCAGAAAAUUGUAAAAACAGAUAUUAGAGUACCAUAUAGAACUUUAUAUCCAAAUGCAGAACCUACAGAAUGGCAACAGAAAAAUAAUUUAGCUAAGGAGAAGAAGAUUAAAGUGGUACAGUUAUUACUUCCCACUAUUGAUGUGGCUGAAGCAUGGAAUAAAGAUGAUAUACAAGAAGAGGACGAAUUGCAUGAGUUAAAUAUUUCAAAUCAUAAAUAUAGUGUACCUUACUUAAAGCAAGCAAACGCAAUAAUUGAAUCUACUGGAAGCGAUGGCAUAUGCCAGGGAAGAUUAGCUAGAAUAAUGGGGCUAACUAAAUUACAAGCUCGGACAAUUUUGCGAAACCUGGUUAAACGAAAUAUUGUUGCUACUUAUAUGAACGAUAUAGGUAGACAAAGACUUACAAAAUAUGUAUCAAAAAGAUUUGAAAAAGGUAGUAUGUUAAGUAAACAAUUCAAGACGGAAAUGCAUAAAAUAAAAGAACUUACAAAACAAAUGACUGAAAAUGAUGAUUCUAAUAAAAAUGUAACUAUUAUACAAGAAAAGGAAGAUAUUAUUAAUGAUCAGGAAAAGAAUGUCAUAGAAGUAUCUGAAUCCAUUACAGUUAAUGAAAACCAUGAAAACAGUUGUGUUGAAGCUGAAGAAAAAUCGAAUACACCUGUGAUAGAAAUACAAAAAACCUUUUAUGUUGUCAGCAGAAUACUAUAUAAAUAUCGUUUAACAAAACGACCAAAUAAAUAUAAGCGUACAUUUUUGAGUUAUAGAAAUAAUCAUAUACAGGCAAAAGAAAAGAAUACAAAUGCGAAUGAUACAUUACCUCAAAUUACUGAUACAUCAAAGAAUGAAAAUACGGCAGCUACAUAUAAAAAUAUAGGAGUCGAUUUGACUAUUUUAUCACCAAUAAAAGCACAUAAAUCAGAUAAUGAAGUAUUUGGAUUCAUGGAAAAUGUCCAAAACAGUGAAAAGAAAAAUUUUACUCAUUUACCACACAUCACCUACAGAUUACUGCGAAGAGCUAAUAUGAUUAUUGAAUCAGUUAAAGAACAUCAAGUUAUUGACGAUAUGACGAAAUUAAUGAAGAUGAUACAUGAGGAAGAAGAUAAAGAAGGAUAUGAUGUGAAAAUUGAUAAAAAAUCCUUAAUAAGACUGUUACAAAAGCUUGCUAAAGAUAACUUAGUAAAGAACAUAAAAGUAACAUUCAGUACAAAUGGUAAAGAGAAAACUUUGGUAUUUAUAUGUGAUCCGAAUAUUGAUAUUAAUAGUCAUGUUAUUCAGUCAGCUGUGGAACAAGCGAAAUUGAAAUUUUAUUUAUUAUUAUCUCAUAGAACUAGGUCACCUAUAAAAAGGUAUAUAGAAAAAUUAGACCCUAAUAAAAGUAAUAAUAUCGAAGAUGUAUCAAACAAAUCUGAAGAUAAGACUGCAUUCAAACAAAUUAAGGCAGUAUCAGCAAACUAUAGGUGUGGCCCUAGAGGAUCAAAAAAAUAUGGAUACAGUCCAAAAUUUAUACGUAUGCAAGCAUUACAUACUGCUUUGUUCUAUUUGGUUUAUGAACAUCCUGGCGAACCAACACUUUCAAAAAAGAAACAGAUACAAGCUUUACGCAGUAACGAUUUUAAUAUAACGGACGAAUUGGCAGACGAGUUCAGUACAAUUUACACUAAAGAUAUUAGUUGGAAAAUGUUCAUGCCACCUUUGCCUAAAUAUACUGGUUGGCCUCAAGGAUGGGCAUUAAUGUGCGAUGUCCUACUACGACUGCCAUUGUCUAUAUUCUUAAAACUUCACUUUAUCUCUUUUGUUAUACCAGAAUUAGAUAAGUAUAUGAACCAUCCUAUUCGAAAGCAUUAUUUGGUUAGAGAAUUACCAACAGACAUUCGAAACUCUUUAUUAUAUGCGCGUAAAUAUAUUUUUAAUAUUCAUGAGACAGUUACGAGAUUAUGUUACAUUGGGUUGAUACAAUUUGGUCCGCAGAGACUAAAGGAGAAAGACCAAGUAUUCAUAUAUGUAAAUCGUCGUACAGAACUGAUGGAUACAACUUCAUCUGCGCCUAGCUAUCAUAUAAUUGAAGAUAAACCUUAUCCUGUAUAUAAUUAUCAUUUCGAUAGGCUGUCAGUGGUUGAAAAAUACUGGUAUGAUAUGUGGAAUACAUGUAUUAGUACACCACUGGGUGGUCGACUUGUCGUUCAAGGAAAAGACAUAGUAUUGGAAGAUGUAAAUAGGAAAAAUGAUAUGAUCCAAGCAGUAGCAGCACGUUCUCCGGAAGAAGCUGUGAGAUUGGACACCGGAAUGGUGCCUGGAGACCGUAAAGGCGCCGCUGGAAUAGAUUCAGCGUGUUUCGCUCAUCUUAAACGCAAUUGGAAUUGGGGUAUUAAUAAUAAUUCUCGGCAAAUAAAAAAACGGCAAACUGUACAAUAUGAAAGGGACACAUAUCUUUCAAAGAUAAAAGCAAAGCCACUUAAAUUCACAGAGUUUUCCGGUUUGAAGAGAGUUUCUGGUCCUCCAUCUCUGAAUCCAACAGAGCUGAGAAGAAAGGUACAAUCAAAACCCGACAUCAAUUUAAUUGAACAAAGACAAUAUGAAGAAUUGAUAGGUUGUCGAAACUCGAAACAGAAAUCUUAUGUAAGAAGAGUAUUACCGCGUAAAUCUACCACCAGAAAACGAACUAAAUACGAUGAAGUUGAUUAUGGAGCAUUGCAACGAAUGCACAAGUUACGGGUAGACUGGGACUCGUAUGAAGACAAAGUCUUGCUAAUUUGCAAGGUUGCUAUGGUAUACUUGUGUCCGAAUCCGCGUAAACAAGUGAUAACGUUUUCUAUGGUGAGGGACGUUUUACGAAUGUAUUCGCACAUGUCGUAUAAUAAAACAUCGAGAGCGUGUCAGCGACGGCUUUUGUACAUGCUUCGGCAACAACAUAAUGUAAAUAUUGUUGCUUUAGGGGUCGAAGAAAUUAAACAGAACUUUUUUAUUAGGAAACGCUUCCAUGGUAUCAUAGAUAGGCUUAAAGAGGAAUACAAGAAUUUUUUUGAAUUUGAAGUACAAGUUGUAGAAGUGUUCAAAUCACUUGUUGCUUAUAUUAUUAGGAAAUACUAUGAUAUUUCGGAUGUUGAGACGAAGGAACCCCUUCCUAUACCAGCAACUGUACAAGAAUUUAAUAUAUUUUAUAAAGUGGUGCAUCCUACGAAACCGUUUGGUAAUCGUGGAUUCACGAAAGACGUCCGAAACGUUACUGAUAUACAUUCUGCAGUUAUUAAUUCUGUCAUUCAUAGUUCUAUGUGUUGUGGAAAAGAUAGAAGGUCAUGGGCGUAUCAAUUGUUCAAAGUGUAUCAACAGUAUCCAGAGAUGCUAUUACGGAAUGCCAUGGCAAAAAUUCGAAGUGAUCAACUAGUCACAGUUAAGAAAAGCCAGCUUCCUACAAUAAGGAAGUAUGGUAACUACAUGCCUAUGAGUAGUUCUCAAUACCAGUUGAGUAGUAAUUACAUAUAUAAAUUUCAUACUAAAUGGCCUUAUGAUAUGUUUAAAGAAUCAUAUGAUGUUUUCCUUAAACUCAAUAAUUGGUAUUACCAUUCCCAAUUCAACAAUCCGAAUAAAACAUUCGAAAAUUGUAAUGGCAUUGAAGUGUCUCCAGUAACAGGUGGAGUAAUAACAGCGACACACGAUUAUAUUGUUAGAGAUAACAUGGAUUUUGAUAUUGAAAUACCCGAUCAAGUGAUCAUGCUUGACCCAAGAUUACAAGAAAAGGAUGAAACAUACUUUAGAAUCGCUAAAAGGUACCAAGAUGUUUUGGUAAGUUUAGACAAUCUGAAAUUUGUCAAAGAAUCUUAUCAAAACGAUGGUGCCAUACCGGAUCUUGCAGAAAAUAAAGAACAAAACAAAGAGUUUAAUUCAGAGAUUUUAAAUGUUAGUGGUGUUAAUGUCCAUAAUAUCGAUGCAAAAUCAGAUAAAGAUGGCUUCUCUGAUUUUGAUACGGAAAAGAAUUUACUUUCACAAGAAUUCGAAGCUGAAGACAGAAAUUUUGAAGAUGCCAAGAGUCUAGCUGAUUAUGAUGACUUAAAUUUCGAUAGUGAUGAUGACAAUGCUCGUAAUGUAGGUGAUGACGAACAUAAUAUAAUUAAAUUUCAAGAUGGGACUAAGAUCGCAUUGAACAAAGAUGACGUUGAGCGUUCAACACUUUAUGAUGAGGAUUCGGUAACAGAAACGGAUGGAGGUAAAUUUCAUAAAAAACAAUCGUUGCACGGUCAUGAAAAUAAUAAUACAACAAACAUAGAAAACCUAGUUUCAUUUCAUUCGAAUUCAGAAUCAAACGUAGAUAUGCAAACACAGCUGAUUACGUCUGGAAAUAAGAGAGUAAGAGAUGUUCAUAAAGAAGAGUUCGACUUUGAUGAACCAGCGAAGAAAAGAGCAAAGUCAUAUAAUGAAAUUCUGGAUGGCAAAAUGCAUAUAAACAUCGAUACAAGUACAUUGCCGGGCUGUGAUGUUACUUCGACAAAAUUAUCAGAUCAGACACAAAACAAAAGUUCAAAUAAAAAUUCUAUCCAUGAGGUUGAUAAAUGUAAUAGUAUGAAACAAAAAACUAAUGAUAUUAUUACUAGUGGAAAAAGUACUUUGUAUAGAAAAAAUGAAAUUACUAUACCCUCAAGAACAGUGAAUGGGCAGACUUUUACACGUGUUAGUGACAUUUUGAAGAAUAUAUCAUCUGAACAGAAUUAUCUGCAUCAGUUUUGUAAACUUGAUGAUACGGGUGAUAUACACAAACGGUAUACUCGUUUAGCUUUACUGAGAAUGAGAGAGGAAUUAAGCGAACUCACAGCAGCUGACAGUCACCAUGCACAUGAAUAUUUUGCUGUAAACAUGUUUAAAGUCUAUUAUUUUUUAAAUCCGUCAAAUUCACAACAUUCAGGACAAUACGAAAUUUUUAGACAUCUUUUGAUACCUCCGGAGCUGAUACCUUUAAGAUUAGAAGCUGCAAAUAACUUAAUUCAAGAACUGAACAGGGUUGCUGUUUUUCCUAAUGAUGGUAUUUCAUAUUCUGAAUUCAAGAAGAAUCUGCACAUGGACUGUCAAUUAAACUUGAAUGAUAUAGAAAUAGUUUAUAAGUUUGUACGUGACAAACAAGAGCUUGGAGCUAGUAUUCCUGAAUUGACGGAUCAAUUUGGAAGUACUUUAGGAGAAGAUUUACCUAAUAUUGCUUCACUCCUCACUAAACACCACAUAUUUCUACGAUGUGGUGUAACAACUGUACGAUAUAUACACCAUCGUUAUGCAGAUUCUUGGUUAAUACAUUCAUAUAAAAUUGGUCGACUUGAAAAGGAGUCACUUGUUCCACUACCCAAGGGAACAGUGUAUGUAACAGAACCAGAGGUAAUACUAACCGAAGGCAAUGAGAUAAACAUGAUUGAUGAAUCUAAUGAGAAACCUAGCUUUUCAUCAGAAAGUGAAUCAAAAAGUGCUGCUUGUAAAAACUUGAUUGGAUUGGAUAUUCAAUCAGAAAUAAAGAGUCAGAAAAAUGAAGAUUCUGACAAGGAAUCGUCUAGUCAUAGUGAUGAAUGCAACACACAAGUGAAGAAACGAAUGCAGCGAAAAAGGACUGGUUUAUUACCGCAAAGAGAUAUAUCCAGAGCUGUGAAACAAUUAGAUCUCACAACAAAAGAAGAAAUACGGCUCGCAAUAAAACCGUGGAUUCGAAUAGAUGGAGUUUUGAAUCGUAGAGUACUUGACCGCAUGUUGGGGGCAGUGCUAUCAUACUGCGUGACGCACCCGGGUAUUGCAUUAACUAAAGUACAAAGUAGGUUUGUUCCCGUUCUACAACCGUAUCAUACAAGAGAAUUAGUUGAGAUACUGGUAAAAUUAGAAUGCCUAGAAAGGAUAAUAUUAAAAAAGCCGACUGUAACGUUGUUUUCAAACCCUGCGCCAGUUAAACCAUACAUUGCAAACAAUGAUUGGAGUGUUGAAGAAGAUAUUGUCAUUGAACCUGCAAGUGGAGCAAUAUUAAAAUUUGGGAUUUUUUUGAGCACCAAAAUGUAUAAUUCAGAUUACAUUAAAUAA